AUGGGUCUACAAAGGUUACAAUUCCUUUUAUAUGUUUCAUUAUUGGCUUUUAUACCAAAAUGUUAUGCCCCACCGAUACAGCAAGAGAUCAAUCAGCUACUUAGUAGUUUGCCCAUCGUUUCAAUCCUGCGAACUAUUCUGCUUGGCUACAUGACACAUGUCGUAACUCUUCGACCUAGAACUGGGAUAACCGAGUUGUCUACAAAUUAUCGACGUUUCAUGGCACUGAUAUACCCUUCCGGCGGUAUUGGUCUGGCAGUUGGAUCUGUGUAUAAAGCAUUCUAUGGGGAUAGAAUACUCGGUAUCACUCAAUACCAAUCCUUGUUAAAAGAUUACGAGAAAGAAAGCAAGUCUAAAGAAGUCACGACAAAGGAAAACAGUACUCAAGAUUCAACCAAGGGAGAUUUAUCUGAUCAAUCGUUUUCGGCAGACACCUCUACUCCAGAAUUCAAGGAAGAAAAAGACAAGGGCACUAAAGUGACUGAAUACUACAAGCGCCAUUUAGAUACUGUUCGUCUAAGAGAUCGACUAGUGAAGGAUAUGAAGACAAGUUCUAUACAUACUGGAAAAGAAGAUAAUGCGGCCUACUUGGCAGCUUUCUUACAUGUAAUUGGCCGUGAAAAAGCAAAGAAAACAAAGCACUGUAUUUUAAAUGGCUCGUUAAUCAUCGGUUUUGACUAUGGCAAUAAGUUUGAGUCUAGCGGUACCCAAUGCCUUACCGAGGAAAUAAUUACCAAUGGACCAGGUGCAAUUUGUGAAUAUCAAAGGAGGAUAGAGCCAAUAGACGCCCGUUACAUGACAGCAGAUAUGAUAGAUCAACUCGACACAGUUCAUAAUACAGACGAAACCUCAUACGUUGAAAUAUUUGUUACGAUUGGCCAGUUGUUCUAUACGACAAUCGAAUGCAUGGAUAUAGAUGGGGACAGAUGGGCCAAGCUUAUUAUCAUUGUAUACACUGCAAUGUCAAUUCUUCAGACAUUUUCUCUCAUUGUCCUACACAAGCAAACAACGGCUUUUAGUAUCAAAGACGACAAGAAUGAUGAGGAAGAGGACAUAGUUAAAGAGGAUGGUCUUAGCUUAACGGAAGAAGAUAGAGAAAGCGUGAGUGAAGAUAAUGGCACGCUUAAGCUUGAUGACAUACAAGUAUCUGCUCUUUCGACGUUUCUGGGAAUGAUAGUAUCAUUAAUUAUUGGUGUGUGGGCCAACUAUAACAGUCAUAGUACAGUAGAAUGGCUUGUAAUAGCGUGGAUCCUCAGUCCUCUUCCACUUGCUACGUUUUUUAUCUUUUGCGUUUUGUUUAACUUCAACGGAGAAACCAAAUGGGCUAACGCUCUCGUUAGUAUCUUCUUGAUCAGCUCAACCGGGUGUCUCAUUGCUGCUACGAUUAUCGGAUAUUUGCCCUGA